AUGACCAGCGUUGCGACAGUUCAUAAAGUCCCUGAGUUUUACUGUUGUUAUUUACUAAGAUCAGUUCCGAAGAAGCAAUCUUUCUACAUUGGUUCUACUCCAAAUCCCGUGCGAAGGUUGAGACAACACAAUGGAGAUCUCAGCAAUGGGUCAGCGUAUAGGACAAAACGAGCUGGCUUGAGACCCUGGGAAAUGGUGGCCUGUGUAUAUGGAUUCACCAGCAAGAUUGCAGCUCUACAGUUUGAACACGCUUGGCAGCAUAGCUACCAAACCCAUUUCAUUAAGGACGAAAGGCGUCUGGUUAAAAACAAGGCAGGGGGGCGCAGUCUCCACCACAAGUUGGGUGUAAUUCGAUUACUGAUUGAAAAUGCAUUUUUUAGUCGUAUGGAUCUGAAAAUUCAUUUUUUUGACCCGGAGGCUGUUAAAGUAUGGGACCAAGAUCGGUUUAAUAUUGGCGGCGAGGUGAUCAAAACGGUCUCAGACUUGGGGCUGGGAACCUGCGAUGAGCAUCAUGUGGAAAACUUGAUCCACGUAGAAUUGUUUUUCAGGAAUGUGCUGGCCCCAGAUCAAAUGCGUAUAGCUCAACAGCUCGCAUUACUUGCACAUGGGGAAAUUAGCUGCCGAGUAUGCCAGGUUACGUUCAAUUACGUUAGUGAUGACCAGGAUGAGAACCAGAAGCGCGAGCUUCAGUGUAAUGAGGAGAGAUCUUCGCCUCUUGUUGCCUUUUGCCCUAUGGAAAAAUGCGACUUCGUUUCUCAUUUACGGUGCCUCCAUAGGAUUUUUUUGGACGACGAACGCCUGGAAAACGGAACAGUAAGUUUAAUUCCAAAGUCCGGGGACUGUCCAUCGUGCGAGAAGAGUAUUCUUUGGACAAGCGUCGUCAGAUAUUCAACUUGGUUGAGGGACUCCAACGACAGGAGAUGUGAAGAUUGA